AUGUCAUGGCAGCCGCGCUGGAUCUCGACCACCAUCAACGACUCAACACCCCUCCGCCCCAUCCAACGUUUGCUCCCUCCUAUCUGGUACCAUCUCCCCAACGGGUACCAUACCUGCUGGGGCGGCCUGGCUCUGCAUAACCGCGAUGUGGAGGUUGCCCAGCCGCAGCCGCCCGGCGAGAUGCUGCACUCUCGACCGGAAGCAGCAGCGAGGGGAGCCCCCCGCCGCCCCGCGAUAGCCGACGUCAACCCGCCACAGAAUGAGGGAAAAGAUCUCGCCCUCUCGGCGGCCGCGAGCCUUGUCUCAGUUGCAUCAUCCGAAAGAUCGAGACCCUCUCCCGAGAGACGCGCAGCUCUGUCCUCGCAGCCUCGAAACCCUACGACACUGUCAGGGUCUUGCGCCUCUGCCCAAAAUAUUGAGUAA